CCUUCGCGGCUUCGCCUGAUCGCCUACGCCGCUUCGUCCUGAUUCUGAUUCUCUGGUGCUCCCAAGAAGAAAGUCAGGGAAUGAAGGACCGCCACCUCUCGCUGAACCAGACCCAGCGGGUCCGCCUCGAGGCCGCGCUUCAAGAGCUCCAGUCCGUUGCGCCCGCCGCCGUGUCCGCCGCCGCCGUCACCGUCGCGGACACCAUUCCCGUCAAUCAAGAGGACAACAUCCUCAAGGGGCAUGGGACGUCGGACCAGGACGGGGAGGUGGUUGCGACGCUCUGCGGGGUGGUGGAGCGGGUCAACAAGCUGGUCUACGUCCGCACUCUUCGCGCGAGAUACAAGCCGGAGGUUGGUGAUAUCAUAGUUGGCCGUGUGAUUGAGAUUGCUCCUAAGCGAUGGAGGUUGGAGAUAAAUUUUAGCCAAGAUGCUGUUCUGAUGCUUUCAUCUAUGAACUUGCCUGAUGGUAUUCAGAGAAGGAGAACUGCUGUUGAUGAACUUAAUAUGCGGAGUAUCUUUGAAGAAAAUGAUGUUAUCUGUGCUGAAGUUCGAGGCUUCCAACAUGAUGGAUCUCUGCACCUACAGGCAAGGAGUGAAAAGUAUGGAAAGCUGGAGAGGGGUCAAUUGCUGAUGGUAGCUCCAUAUUUGGUUAAACGAAAGAAGCAGCAUUUUCAUCAUCUUGAAAAGUACAAUGUCGACUUGAUUCUUGGUUGCAAUGGAUUCAUCUGGGCUGGUGAGCAUGUUGUGGUGGGUGAAAAACCAAAAACGACAGGAGGUCAGCAGGGGUUCAGCACUGAAGCUGAGAAUUUCACCCCAUUAGAGACAAGGAAGCAUAUUUGCCGGCUUGCCAAUUCUGUACGUGUGCUCUCAGCCCUAGGAUUCACUCUGACCGUCGAACUGAUAAUCGAAACCAUGGAAGCAAGUGCGUCAUCAAAUGUAGAGAUAAAUGACAUGCUCGGGGCUGAGUUUUACGUCCAGACAGCAGAGAGGGAGGCUAAGCGCCGGGCUGAUCUGUUGAGAAAGAAGAAUGACGCAAGGUGAGUAGGUAGCGCCCUCGUCAUUGCUGAUUGGGGCUGCCUGAUUUGCGGAGAACAGAGCCUGACACGUUGCGUUGCUCCAUCCGCAUGAGAUCUGUAGCAGUGCCAUAAUACUUAUCUGAUGGUAUCUAAGGCAAAAUUAGUUAACAUGUUCUAUGUACACCUUUACGGGUAGCAAUUAGCAAAGAUGUAAGGGGUUCUCUCUGCUCUGAUGCUGUACAUGCAUUUGAUCAUGGUGUCUGGUGCCGGCAGUGUUGUGCCUGGCAGGUCCGCAGGUCUUUGAUCCGUUCGUUGCUGAAGUCGAUGCACUUCUGAGUUGAAAAACUGGACGUUCUUCCUAUUGAAUAUUCCAGUAACAUGAAUUAUGUUGCC